AUUGUUUACAGAUGUCCAAGCUAUAAAAGAAACACAACUUUAGACAUGUAUGUUGACUACAUGUGUCGUUAGCGCCAUCCAUGUGUGAAACCCGGAAACUUAGUUGCGCAUCUAGUAUUUCUCAAUCAGAACAAUUGGAUGGCGAAUGUGGCUAGCAAGACUGCAGUGAAUCAACGUCAUUACGCGAUUCCGAUUCUUUCCUUUGAAAAAAUUACGCAUUUGGACAAACUGUACUUGAACUCUUGCUGAUCUUUGGUGAGCCGCUUGGACGCUGAGCUGUGCGCCGCACAGUUCGAUCUACGUACCGACAAUAAGAUGAAGGAGAUGCGCCAAUUGGUGUUCGAGCUUGUCUCGGCUCUGUUGGAACUGCGAAAAUUCUUGAAACGUGUGAACGUCGGCAUUCAAUUUGUGUUCGACGAAGACAUCUUGAAGCGAGCGCUCUUCAACGAAAACGGCGAGGGAAGAGUGAUACGGCAGUCCACUGCCGUGCCGACCGCACCACUCGAAGAAGAGCUGACCGAUCGUAACGAAUCGAUUCGUUUUUGUGCACCUUGUGCCUAACUAUGGUGUUUCGCACCGAUCAAAAUGCGCUGCCCGAUCUGACCGACGGUAUACAUUUUUGCAGUAUAAACGGGGUGCUGAACGAUGAACACAUGAGCUAUUUGGAGUCGAGAGUGUUUCAAGGCACCGGGUAUCGAUCUCCUCGUUUCACCGCAGGCAGCAGCAGCUACGGUUACGGCGGCGCCGGCGAUGCCAGCAACAACGCCAAUGUUUCGUCCGUAAAAUUGCGCGGUACACUGAGAGAAAAGACUGGAGGAUAAUCGUCAUGGAUUGGUGUUCAAAUCGUGGGUCGACAUGGAUCGCCAGUUGCAGAAAGCGAUGACCGAGUACGUGCAUAAAGAAUUCGACGCGGCACAGGUGCUCAAAAAUAUACCGGUUUACGUGAACAUUUCUAUGUACAAGAACACCAAGCACUUUCGACUAUUGUCCAAACGAGGAGCAGCUGCAGCAGGUACCGCCGCUACGUCCAUGAACAAUUUCACGACGGGCGGUUGUCUCGCCGGUGGCAGCAACAGCAACGGCAACGAUGACGGUCUCUUGGCUCUGGUGCAGCUCGCUUUCAUGAACUACGAUUCUCAGAAAAACGCGAUUAUCGCCAAGGCAUACGUGGUGAACACCGUGUCAGCUGACGAUUUCUCCGUGUCAGCUAAUUUCUCCUGAUUGAAUGAAUUGUAUAAUGAAUGACUAUACACUGUUAAAUAUUGGAGGGUCAAAUUUAAACCAAUUUCUUAAGUUAAA